AUGAUUUUUGCCGAAGUACACCUGCUCGAGAGUCGCGUCUACCGUGGCAUUGGAAACCUGUCGAAGUCCAAGGUUAGACUGCUGCAAACUCUAUAUUGUCCUCCUCAUCUUCAAGCAGUGUUAGACCUCCAAUCUGGUGUUCUCCAUGCCGAGGACAAAGAUUACGCUACUGCAUACUCAUAUUUCUAUGAGACUUUCGAGAACAUGUCAUCGCAGGAUGACCCAGCAGCGCUGAACGCACUCAAGUACAUGCUUUUGUGCAAGGUCAUGUUGAAUAUGCCCGAAGAUGUAACAUCACUUCUCUCUAUCAAUCUCGCGGUGAAAUAUGCUCAGCUUCGCGAGAUCGAGAGCAUGCGUGCCAUAGCGCUUGCGCAUCAGAAUCGGAACUUGUCAGAUUUCGAGAAGGCCCUUCCGGAUUACAAACAAAAACUCUCGUCCGACCCUACUAUUCGCUCACAUCUCGCAGCGCUUUACGACACCCUUCUCCAGCAGAAUUUGCUGCGUAUCGUUGAGCCGUACUCGGUGGUAGAGAUUGGCUACGUUGCCAAAAAGGUCGGGCAAGGACGGCAGGACGUUGAGGCCAAGCUAUCUUAG